UGGGUGGCGUGUUUGGCCAAAGAUGUGCCUUUGGACACUAAAUCUGAAUCUGUGCAAGCUAAUGCAUUCAGCAGCUUUUUACCAGAGAUCAAGAAAAUAAUUAGAUAAAUAAAAAGCAGAAAAGUGAAUCUCUUAGGUAUUCUAUUCCUUGGACCAUUUUUGGGGUGAAAAAUAUAGCUGGAAAUAUGGUCUCCGUGUAAAACCGCAUCGGCGUGACACGGACUUUUAAGACGUGCAAGAGUGAGGGGGGCAAGGCUGUUUUUCAGGUGUCAGCUGGCGAGAGAGUGAGGGUGUGCGUGUUUCUGUCUGUGUGAGUGUGUGCAAGACUGCGUGUAUUCAGUCACGUGCAUUUCCUCGCUCAGUCGGAGUUUGGUGAGGAGUGUGACCUGAACACAUCCCAGGAACAAUGAGUGAGCUGGAACAGUUGCGGCAGGAGGGCGAUCAGCUACGCAAUCAGAUCCGGGAUGCAAGAAAAGCCUGCAGUGACUCUACUUUGUCACAGAUCACAGCUGGUCUGGACUCAGUGGGCCGGAUACAGAUGCGGACUCGACGCACGCUCAGGGGCCACCUGGCCAAGAUCUAUGCAAUGCACUGGGGGAGUGACUCCAGGCUUCUUGUCAGUGCCUCCCAAGAUGGAAAGCUAAUCAUCUGGGACAGUUACACCACAAAUAAGAUGCAUGCCAUCCCACUUCGCUCUUCCUGGGUGAUGACGUGUGCCUAUGCCCCGUCUGGGAACUAUGUGGCUUGCGGUGGCCUGGACAACAUUUGCUCCAUCUACAGCCUGAAGACCCGCGAGGGCAGUGUGCGUGUUACCCGCGAGUUACCAGGACACACAGGUUAUUUGUCUUGUUGUCGUUUCUUGGAUGACAACCAGAUACUGACAAGCUCUGGAGAUACCACCUGUGCAUUGUGGGACAUAGAGACUGGCCAGCAGGCCACAACCUUCGCUGGUCACACAGGGGAUGUAAUGAGCUUGUCUCUCAGCCCGGACUACAAGACAUUUGUGUCUGGAGCAUGUGAUGCCACCUCCAAGCUGUGGGACGUCCGUGAUGGGAUGUGCAGACAAUCUUUCACUGGUCACGUGUCUGACAUCAAUGCUGUCACAUUUUUCCCCAAUGGGAACGCCUUUGGCACAGGCUCGGAUGAUGCCACCUGUAGGCUUUUUGACCUGCGUGCCGACCAGGAGCUGAUGACGUACAGCCAUGACAACAUCAUCUGCGGCAUCACAUCCGUGGCUUUCUCCAAGAGCGGACGUCUGCUGCUGGCUGGCUACGAUGACUUUAACUGUAACGUCUGGGACACUCUGAAAGGCGAACGGGCAGGCGUCCUGGCGGGCCACGACAACAGGGUGAGCUGCUUAGGCGUGACUGAGGAUGGCAUGGCCGUGGGCACCGGCUCCUGGGACAGUUUCCUGCGGAUUUGGAACUAAACGAAACCUACUCUGGUCUGUCCUCCAUCAGCACUUGUGAACUUUUCCCCAAUUUCCCUCACCCCACGCAACGCAUCAUGACUCAUGCAGGGCUGGAGCUGAAGGAGUAUAUAUACACUGUUUCAGCCUUCUAAACAAUCUUUUUAUCUUUUAUUUCCCCUGCAAAGUAACUUGAAUAUUUGCAUAUUUUCAAGUAGUCCAAUCAAUAACAUCAGAGGGAUAAAUGCUUAAAAAAACAAGAAAACAACUCCCAUUUAUUCCAAAAUUAUGCGUGUCAUUUGUAAAUUUAUAUAUAAAAAGACAGUAUAUAUGUAUAGCAUUAUGUGUGUAUAUAUUUACAUAUAUGCAUACAUAUUGUUUAUAUUUAAGGUUUUUUUGUCUUGUCUUAAUCAUUUGAGGGGUUCUUGUUUUCUUUGUACUUAUUCCCCAUUAUAACACGGCCGAAUGGCUCCAAACGCUUAGCCUGUGCUCAACAUAACAGUGCUCCACAGAGAACAUAAUGUGCAUCCGUGGCCGUCGCACGUGUUCCUGCAAACGUCCAAUAAUGUAUGGAAGAAGAGGAUCUCUGGAUUUGUCAGCAAGGCAUGGAGCUUGCCACACGUGUUAGGAGGAAAGUUGCAAUCUGGUCAAUGGAAAGCUGAGGAGAUGGCCUUGAAGUUUGACAACCAGACUCGAGGACAGGCUUUCCCAAACAUGACUAAAACAAUGAAACCCUAAACAAAGACAAACAUUUAACUCAUUCACUACCAAAGACGCAUUUAUACGUUUUUUGGAACACUCACGUUUGCUACCAAAGACGUAUAGACAAUGUUGUUGAUGAUGUUCAGCUGCUUAUAAAUAACCAAAAAUCGUCGAAACAAACGUUUCUUUUGUUUUGUUUUUUUUAUGGUGAAAGAUGGGACUCUAAUCUUUCUUUUUGUAAACUGUUGUGUUCAUGGAGCCAUAUAUCAUAAUAUUCUGUGGCGCUUGAAAAGUCAAAUGGCCUGUAUGGAAGGGGGAUAUCUUGUGAAAGAUGGUUGGGAGUGAAUGAGAUAAACAAGAUUGAAGUCUCCGGCCAAAGUAACCACUGUUAAGUCAUUAUUGAUAAAUAACAAUUUUCGGACAUUUUAAAUAUAAUUUGCUGAUUUCCUUCAGCGCCCCUGAUGAUCUGUCAUAGCACACUACAUUAGCUAGCAAUCCCAGCCCUUUAACUGUAGUAGAAAACAAUGCAUUGGAAUUGUGAUAUUUAUUCCCACUCUACAAAGACAAUUCACAAGACUGAAACAAGCAUUCUUUCUGACAAUCCUGACACAAACAAAAUGGUACGGUGGGCCGUUUUGAGCUCAGUUUGAGAAAGCCUGCUCCAAGAGAUUUUGGUUUCGCAACUCAACUCCACACAAAUCAGCAACCUCAAUGUCACCCUAGUAAGACUAAAUGUGAACAACUUUGCCAGUGGAACCUAUGGAGUACGCAAAAGUGAUGCGGACCACCAAGAACUGCAAAGACUGUUGUCAGCAGCUUUUUUUUUUUUUUUUUUUUUUUUUCCCUUUCCCAUUU